AUGCCGGCCCUUUCGUCUCUUCCCCGUCGCUGCUGUCGCGGCACAUUUUUAGCACGAGCAGCAACAGCAGAUAAGAGCACUCCAACCGCCAAGCCGAUGACACCCACGCCACCAACCAUGUCGGAGUCGUCCGCCUCCUCUCCCGUUGCCUACGACCGCGCGGCCGACCUCCGCGCGCUGGACGCCACCUUCGCCGGCGUCAGCGGCCUCGUCGCCUCCGGCCUCACGCACGUCCCCCGCAUCUUCCGCGUCCCUGAAGGCCACCACGACAAACAGGACACCACCGUCGUCGCAGGCAGUGGCCGCCAAGAAGAACCAGGGGCCAUCCCGGUGAUCGACCUCGGGUGCGGCGACCACGCGGCCGUGGUUGCCGCCGUCCGCCAGGCCGCGGCGGGGUGCGGGUUCUUCCAGGUGACAGGCCACGCCGUGCCGGAGGCUGCGAUGGCCGCGGCGACCGACGCGGUGCGGGCGUUCCACGCGGCCGACGGCGGCGAGGGCACCGAGAAGGCGCGGCUCUACUCGCGUGACCCCGUCAAGCCGGUCAAGUACCAGUGCAACUUCGACCUCUACGAGUCGCCGGUGGCCAACUGGCGCGACACGCUCCACAUCCGCAUGGCCCCUGACCCGCCCGACGUCGGCGACAUACCGGAGAGCUGCCGUGAUGCACUGCUUGAAUAUACCGAGCAAGUUAAUAAAUUGGGAAAGACUUUGUUUGAGCUGCUCUCCGAAGCUCUUGGGCUCAAACCAAGCUACCUAACAGAACUGGAGUGCGACCAAGGACAGAUCUUAAUCUGCCACUAUUACCCUCCUUGCCCUCAGCCUGAACUCGCCAUCGGGACAAGCCGGCAUUCAGAUGCCGGCUUCCUGACCGUACUCCUCCAAGAUGAAGUCGGCGGACUACAGAUCUUCAACGAGGACCGUUGGGUAGAUGUCACGCCCACACCCGGAGCAUUCAUUGUGAACAUCGGUGAUCUCUUACAGCUGAUCUCCAAUGACGGGUUCAGGAGUGUGGAGCAUAGGGUGUUGGCGAAGAACGCUGCCCCUAGGGUCUCGAUCGCGUUCUUCUUCAGCACGCAUUUCCAUCCAGCCUCGACGAGGAUGUAUGGUCCGAUCAAGGAGCUGUUGUCUGAAGAGAACAAACCAUUGUAUAGGGAAACUCUUGUGAGAGAUUACAUGAAGCAUUAUUUCUCCAUAGGGUUAGAUGCAAAAACUGCUAUUUCUGAUUUCCGGUUAUGA